AUGUUUAUAAUUUCUCCUGUAUACACCAUAGGUUUAGAAUUCUGUCCGAUGCCCUUGCGGUCCACGUAUGGUGUGUGCGUGGCUUUACCGUACGCCAUAAUGCUGAGCCUGUUUGCCGGACUGGCAUAUGCAUGUCCGGACUGGCGGAUGCUACAGCUCGCUGGUUCCUUCCCUCUCGCAUUACUGCUUCUUUUAAGUAAUCCUUUUUUACUGAAAGAAUCGCCACGUUGGCUAGUUACUCGGGGACGGCUUACAGAAGCCGAAGCUUCGCUGCUCCAAGUCGCGAAGUGGAACAAAACAACGUACAACUUGCCGGACAAUUUGAUGGGCGUCCUGGAAGGCAUUUAUGCGAAAGAAAGUGGGGAGAAACCAUCUUCUACGCUCCUAUCCCGCUUCAAGACUCUGGUGUCGUCGCCGUACCUGCGCAGAGUGACCGGCAUUCUGGUGCCUGUGUGGCUGAUGCAGAGUUGCCUGUACAUCAGCAUACCGCUCAGCGCUGACCAAUUCCCCUCACCCUACGUGUAUAUGGCCGUGUUGGGUGUUGCGGAAAUCCCUGCCUAUUCGGUCACGGCUCCCAUCACUGCGAGGUUGGGCAGGAAAAAGUUCCUCAUAGGAGGACUUCUUCUUGCAUGUGUUCUGCAAAUCACCGUUGUUGUUCUCACUGUCACAGGAUACCGAAAUUAUUGGCUUCAGAUUUUGCUCGUCGCGCUUGGGUACACGAUGAUCUGCAGCGUAUAUCAGGUGAAUAUUUUGUUCUGUGGCGAACUCUUCCCCACUUCCCUGCGAUCUCUGGGCUCCAGCCUGUCUGUUUUCACCUAUAGUGCUGGCGAAAUCAUACCCCCGUUGCUGAAAAUUGUGGUGCCUGCAGGCCUAUUAUGGCUGCCCCUGACCAUCUACGCCAUUCUCGCCGGUCUGGCAGCCUUCCUGAUAUUGCUGCUGCCAGAAACCAACAACAAGCCGCUGCUGCAGACGCUUGGGAGCUCGCAAGAUCACAGCUCGGAAGAAGAUAUCUUUGUUACCAAACCUCGGUAUGACAGUGUUCAAAAUAACCUUGGCGGAAUCCCUCUUAGAACGACUGGACAGAAACAAUGAAUGCUGAAGACAGCUAGGCAGCAUUGAAAGUAUAGAUCUCAAAAUUACAGUAUGCAGUAAUUACAGUAUAGAUCUCAAAAUUACAAUAUGCAUGAAGAACUAUCGUAAUAAAAUUGAAGAUGGAAAUUAUAAAAAAGUAACUUGCCAUUGGCUUGUGAUAUGAAUAGAUGAGCCAUGAGGCUAAAUUGCGAAUUUAUAAAGUGCGGUACUGCGGUACUUCCCAUGAUCCUCAUAGCGAUACUCAAAGAGGAAUGGCUUCUUAUUGGUGGAGUGAAUCACCCCUGUGUGAUUAACUCGUGUUAACCGUAUUUGUUAAACGUACUUUCCUGCCAACUCGUAUG